AUGUCCAAUUCAGGAACGCGUCAUACAAGUCUGGCUGCUCAUGAAGAAGCCAGCCAGAUAAUAAAGAAGCUUAAUCUUAUAGAUCCAUUGACUCUUUUCCCAGAAAGCAAAAACACCACCCCUCCCUUAGGACAGCGUCUAUUAUCCACACUCACCAAUCUCGUCACACUCUCUCGUCUUGGCCAUCCCUCACAACUAGCCUCUCAUCUCAUCACACUUUCAACUGCCUCAACCCUGCUUUCAUCACUUAUCAGCACCCUAUUAGCCCCUCAUCGAUCAAAUAACCGUCCCACUAAGCUUUAUGGAUCUCUCGGACGUACCUCCCAGUCAAUCUCAUAUUCUACACCACAGGCACUCUCUAGUGUCAUUCAACGCGAAACAGACGCAAUCCACAAAGAAAUCGAGAGACUUGGCCGACGAGUGAAUUCAGUCACACGCACUUCACUACCACUCACUCACCAAACAUGCCAACUUUCAGAAGCAACCCUUUUAAGCCAUCUACAUAAAUUAACUGAAGCACUUUCGAACCUUCAAUUAUCCAUCACCCGGGCUCAUGCCGCAAUCCACCGCAAAGUACACGCACCAUUACCAAGUCUAUCUAGUUCAUCAUCCCUAGGGACCCAACACAGGGAUCCACCAUUGCUAACUUCCCGUAGUUGUUCCAAAGUAGAAACACUGUCUCCUUGGAAAAAUGAACGGUCCGAUUCAGUCGGAAAGAGACUUAUCCACAGUCUAGCAGCCUUCAAGACCCGGCCCACUCCCCUUCCACAAGUACCUACAAAAGCAUCAGAGAAGUCAGAGAAGCCUGAGAAACCAGACCAGGCAGAGCAACCAGACCAGCAAGAGCAGCCAGAUAAACCUUUAAAAGAAAAGCUCUUUGUAGAUUCAGAAGACAGUGAUACGUCUGAAUCAUCUGGACUAAUCCACAGAGGCUCUAAAAACAAUACAUUUAAGCAACUCUUUCACAGCAAACGCGAAAAGAAAACGAGUGGAGGACGAAGUUUGAAAGAACUUUUUCACAUCUCCGCGGGCCAUAAAGAGAAUAUUGAACAGGCUAAUGCGGCUAAACGAAGAGGGACCAUUAAUACCUUUUCAGUUAAUCAGUGUUCAUCAAAGGCAUAUCCUUCAAGGACCCUGACCUUCCACUCAUAUUCAUCAGACACAAAAUCCCCAAUUACAAGCCAAUCCGCCGAAACGGCCCGAAGACCACCCCAGACACAUACUCAUACACUCUUUUCUACCUUGCGCCACACAGCCACUACUCGACGGCCAAAGAAGCGAGUGGACCAUGUACUGUCAAUUAUCUCAAAAGCGCCUCAAAUGUCGGCCAGCAGUGAUAUACCACCCCAAGGCCAAGACUUUGACCUAGACCUUGAUCUUGACAUGGCUUCUUCAACGAUCUCGCUUGAAAGUGAUCUAAUAUUUUUGCCGGCGUCAUCAUCUAUUACAUUAGCUAGUUAUUUAACUGGUCCCCUAGAACCUAGCACAUCAGAACCAACAAGUCCUAGCCGUCGUAUAAGUCAAUGUCCGACAAUUCGAUCUUCUGGAUCAUCAUAUUUCUCGGCUCGUUCUUCUCACUCCACCUUACACUCCUUAGCUAGUGAGCCGUGCGAAUUGAACAAGUACAGAAAGGCAAUCGAUUCAGAAGAAACUCUAGGUGAGCCAUCUACACCUACGCCCACGUCUACACCUACGCAUACACCCACACAUACACCCACACCUGAUCCAAGCCAUACACCUUUGUCAUCCACUACUCUUCUGCUAGAUCGGCCCGAGUUUUUACUUCAGGACUUGCCCAAAUCACUCCACAGUCCUGGAUCAAACACACCAAAACCUGUGUCUUUUUCGAUACCAAUACCAAAAGGCGAGACAGUUAAGGAAAAACAGUUUUCUCUAUCUCUUGGCUUCCCAUCGGAUCUUUCGCCAUCUCGCGCAUCCCAGACAAGGACUCGAAAAGAAGGCGAAUUGUAUUUUGUGUCAGAGAAUGGCCAGGACGUUUUGGUGUUGAAGAAAAUAUCAUGUAAAUUGGAUAUAAUGGCUGGUACAGUUGACAAAUUGCUUGAUAAAUUGGCAGAUGAGACAGCUCAAGAUCUUGAUUAUGUGGAUACGUUCUUGAUGAGUUAUGCGUGCUUUACAAGCUCCAUGAGAUUACUGGAUAGUUUAAUGAGACGAUUCCAUCCACCUACACUGGUCAACAGACAGGGGAAUAUUCAAAAGGUACCAAGGUGUAUCCAGGCAAAGGUACUGAAUGUCAUCUCUCGAUGGGUUAAACUGCAGUGCCAAGAUUUUAAGCAAGCUGGUUUGCGGAACAGACUUGCUCAUUUCAUUGAACAUGGAGUAGCACAUGCUGGUUUUAGUAUAGAAGCUGGCUUAAUACAAGAUGCCUUGGAUGUCCAGCUCGCCCAGCAAGCCCGUAAACGACAUUCUCUUGUGGCAUUAACAUCUCAUUCAUUAAGUUCGUUUGGAGCAUGGUCAAUGCCAAUACAGGAUGGUUCUAGCCCACCUUCGCCCUCUUCCUCGAUCCCCUUUUCAGCAAACUAUCGUCCGUCCACCACACCAAGUUUACAGUCAUUCGUAUCUUUUAAUACCAGUACCCCGCCCGACUCUCCAACUUUCAUGCCUCCUCCUAGUGGGUUAACUCUUAUCCCAGGUGUGCUGACUUUGAAGGCCAAAGAUAUCGCAAGGUACCUUACCUUGGCGGAUUUUUAUAUCUUUCGGUGUAUAACUGCCUACGAAUAUAUGCAUGGUCCCUGGCGAGACCCUCACAAUACAGCCAAUGAGCCCUUUGACCCGAAUGACUCAAUUAGCUUGCUUGCUCAGAGAGCUAAUAUGAUAAGUCAUUGGGUGAUUCAUGAUGUAUGUACAUCUCAAUCAGCCAAGCAAAAGCGUAAUAUUAUCCGUCGAUUAAUUGAAGUUGCAAAGUUUUGUUUGGAUUGGAACAACUUUCACACAAGUAUGGUGAUUACUAUGGGACUUUUGAGUGGAGCUGUCCAACGUCUUGAAGAUGCCUGGCAAUCCCUGCCUCACCGUGACACGCACACGUUUGAAAUCCUUCAAAAGAAUCUAGACGUUUGCAACAAUAUGUCAGUGUAUCGUAAUGCGUUGCAAAAGGCAAAGGCACCCGCGAUUCCCUUUUUUCCGCUUGUUCUCAAAGAUGUUACUUUUUUUAUGGACGGAAAUGCGACCAUGAUGCCGGAAUCAUCGUCUUCUUCUUCGCCCGGGUUGAUCAAUUUUGGCAAGUUUCGAUCACUGGUUCAGUUUCUGGACUGCACAGUCAAGUAUACUAGUGAGAACUAUUAUUUUGCAGGCGACCUUGAACAUCUGCCAUUUUUUCCUGGAGUAACAUUACACAGAUCGGCCCAUGUUGCUCCUCUCGAUUGGGUAGCAGAGGUAGUAGAACGACGAAUCCAAGCAGUUUCAAGGUGUCAUCAAGAUCCAUACUGUGAAAUUUUGAAGUAA